UAGUCUUGGCAUUGGCAUGGAGCCAGAGAGUGAGGCAGCAGGGGUUUCUUAGCUGAAAGAAAACUGGGAGCAGAGGCAUAACUCUUUAAAAAUGUAAAAUGGUUGCAAAACAUAAAGGAGUAAACUAUGUCCAUGGCCAGAAGUGAUGGGUUUAUAGCAGGGAAUGGCUGAGUUAGAGCAGGGAAUACCUUUGAACUGUAAAGAGCAGUGAGGCACUGAACAAGAACAUUAGAGGAAAUGUUAGGAAUCUGUCACUGGAAAUCUUUGAGAACAGGUUAGACAAACAUCUGUCAGGAAUAAUGUAGAUAUAGAAGAUAUGACUGACACUGAAGGAAUUAGCCAUCCCUUGAACUCCAUUCCUGCUCUGUGUUUAUUGGAAAAAUAAAAAAUCUUUGCUAAAACUUCCUAAAGGUUUUCUAAGUUGUAGCUGUGAUGAUCAUCUGUGUUUUGAAUCAAUCCAUGGGAAUCACUGUUGGAAUGUCACAGAAGGCAGCAGUGAUGGCACUGGCUGCUAUCUCUGUACCUAUAAUCUCACAAGGAAUCUCAUUUACAGUAGUGAAUCUCCAAAUCUCUUCAGAAUUAGGUUUUAUAUUACCUCUGUAUUAUGGGAAUUACUUUUGCAUUUGAACUCAAAAGAAAAAAAAAAAAGUAAAACUAUUCCAUCAAGACUCCAUCAGGACAAUGGGGAAUGGAUGCUCUUCCAGUUCCAAUAAAAAAGAAAAAACCUUGUGAUACAACAGAAGAUGUGUUUUAUUUACCAGAUAAAUAGACAACACGAAUAAUGAUCUGUUCAUCAGUAAAACAGGAAAAAAUAGCAAAAGAAAAAUUUCUUUCGAAGUGUUUACUGACUUAGCAAUCUAACAGCCUUAUCUCCUUUCCUCAGCCGUGCUUUGUGAAUCAGCAGUAGUGAAAUUUUCCAGGAACCCGUAGAUGAAAGGGUGGAAAGGGUGAUUAGGGAUUUCCGGUGGGUCCUGACCUCGCCCUGCAGCGGGACAAUCAGCGCCGUGGCUCUGACACUCCUGCUAUGCAGCGCUGCAGGGACAGCUGCAGCUGCUUUCCAGAAGUCAUCUCAUCAUCUGACAGCAUCCCAGACCUUAACUUUCCUUAGCACAGGAGACAAACUACCUUGAAUUUCCUGCUUUUCUGAGCUUUCCAACCUGGUGGCAAUGGCAAAUUAUCUUGGAGUUACCUCAGCAGUGUCUUUCAUCUGGGUUAUGACAUUCCUGGCUCAAAAUUACUUUGUAACAGGUUCCAUUAAUUCACCUUGCAGGAUUAAGGGUAUAGGAAUUUAUCUUGAUCAGAAAGCGAAUUUCUCAGAAGCAAGCAAUGGAUGUAAUCAAUUAAAUCUACAGCUGGCAAGUAAAAAACAAGUUGAAGAGGCUCUGAAACAUGGCUUUGAAACAUGCAACUAUGGAUGGGUGAAAGAUGGAUUUGCUGUUAUUCCUCGGAUAAUAUCCAACCAGAAAUGUGGUCAGGGAAAAACUGGAAUAGUACAAUGGAAUGCUGGCAGGGAGAAAAAAUUUCAUCUCUACUGCUUCAAUUCCUCAGAUGUCCAGAUUAAUUCAUGUCAGCCAGACCCAACCACCACAUUUCCUUCAUCAACUGCAUCAAGGGACUUCACUGCACAUUCAGCCUCAGAUCUGGCUGAGACCAUCACAGCAGUGCCCACUGUGACUGGGACUGAGUCAGAACAAUUCCCAAAAAAGAGAUUUCGUGUCAUCUGCGUGACUGAAACCAUUUUACCAACAGAGGGGCCCAGCACAGCAGAGCCAGAGCAGCCCUUGCUCACCGAGUCCCCCAGGCACACUCCCCACCUGGCCUUCAAGAAUGAUGCUGCUGUUUUUGGAGGUAUCCCCACUGCACUUCUUGUACUGGCAAUCAUCUUCUUCAUUAUUUCAGUUGUUCUAGCAGUCUGUUAUAUUAAAAAGUACAAGAAAACCUUUCCAUUUUUAAACAAGAAUAAGCAAAAAGAAACAGUUGUAACUACUGCUCUCAAAGAGACAAAAUCAAAUGACCAAACACCUGAGAAGGAAACACAGAAUAAUGGAAAUAAGGUAGAAGAGUGUAAAACUAAGCCUGAGGCCACAGUAAAAUGUCUAGAAGCAGAAGUUUAAAGGAAAGAAUGUACAGUUCUUGAUGGAAGUAUAAAAUGAAACACACAGAACUUAGCAGUGCUUUUAAACAUAAGUGAUUGUAAAUACUCAUAUUUUCUCUAUCUCUAACAUAUGAAACCUUGCUUUUUAAUAAUUACGUCUUUGGCAACAAAUAUUCUUGCAGAAGAACAUGGUAUCUUAUUUACUUGAAAAAAUUCUACAAAUCCAUAUUACAGUUCAUUUUUCAUCUAUAAUAAAGAAGCAGUUAGGAAUAUGCUAUUAAUGACAUGCACUAGGUUAACUAUUUGCAUGGAAUUCGGAUCAAUAUAUAAUGAAAAUGUUUUUAUGUCUGGAUGGAGGAUGUCUGCUAGCCUAAUGCCUAAAAUAAAAUGCUGGCACUGUAGUUCUUCCUCAUGUAGAUUAGCUUAUUUCCAUUCAAUAAUUGCAUGCUGUUUUUAAAAAUAUCUGUUUACAAACAGAAGAAACAGUUCUGUUUACAAGGGAGUAAAAACUCAAAGGAUUAUCCCACUGUCAUUCCAAUGCCCAAAGAAGGGUACAAAGAUGCUGUUGUUUAUAUCUAUAUAUAUCUAUAUAUAUUUACAGCAAUGAGUAACUUUCUUAGGUACCUUCAUUGUAUCAUAAUUUACUGUUUUAUUUAUUGAAACCAUUAUCAUUCUUCCACAUCAGAUAUCUGACAGAGGGGGACAAAAAAAACCCCUUGAACAAGACUUAUACUGGAGAUCUUUUGUGUGUACUUAAAUGUGGCUUCUUUAAUAAAGGUCUCAGGUGGUAUGGGAUGUCUACAGUACUCCCUAAAAAAUAAACUAUGGUGGAUAUGUU